CUGUCUUCUUCUUCUUCUUCUUCUUCUUCUUCUUCUUCUCCUGUCUUCUUCUUCUUCUUCUUCUUCUUCUUCUUCUUCUUCUUCUUCUUCUUCUAUUUCAUUCGUUUUAGAUAAGAUUACACAUAUUGUAACAAUACUUACUUCAUACUUAUCCAACAGUAAUAAUUGUUUCUAAAGAAGUCCUCUUUGAUUUGUAGAUUCAAAAUGGCGGCGGGCAGUGUAGACCUGACCGAAGAGGACGCAGCCGACCUGCAGUUUCCCAAGGAGUUUGAGAACGCAGAGACGCUGCUGAUCAGUGAGGUUCAUAUGCUGAUUGCACACCGCAAGCAACAGAACGAGAGUGCAGAGGAGGAGCAGGGCUUCUCUAAUGUCUUCCAGAAGACUGACACCUAUACGGAACGAUUUCGCAAGUUCAAAAAUAAGGAAACUAUAGCGGCCGUUCGAAACCUGCUGACUCAAAAGAAGUUGCACAAAUUCGAGUUGGCGUCGAUUGCGAAUCUGUGUCCAGAGACCCCCGAGGAGGCCAAGGCGCUCAUCCCCAGUCUGGAGGGCCGAUUCGAGGAUGAGGAACUCAGGCAGAUAUUGGAGGACAUCCAGACCAAGAGAAGUCUCCAGUAUUGAGCGAGUCUCCAAGAUGUUGUGGAAGUCAAGGACUACCUGAGUUAGAAGAGAAUCCAUGGAUUUAUCAUCAAUAAUUGACGAUCUCUGGACUCAAACAGCUAAUCUUAUGUAUUAUAAUCUAUUGAGCUGGAUCCGUGCACAACAGUGACAGUAAAUAUAUAAUUUGCAUGAGUUCUUAUUGGACUGUUUCCACUCAGCCCGGCCGAGCCAGUAUGAAUAAUGCCAUAAGAACGUAUGGGAAUUAUAUUUUCACUGUCACUGUUGUGUACGGAUCCACUUGUAAAUAGUAGGCUACCUUUUAUUAUCUCUAAUUUCUAGUUUUGUCCGGUCUAAUUUGGUUUUUGUGUACGGAUUAUAUUGUGUAUAUAGUAGGCUACCUUUCAGUUAUUUUUUUUUCGUUCAUUAAAGGCCGUUUGCACAGUCAACGCUUGAACUGAAUUUGAUCAGCUGGUGGCUUAAACUAAAAAUGUACCACAUUUUAACGAACGAGCAAAGACCUUAAAGAGAUAUAGACCACUACCACCGU